AUGCCAACAGAAAUAGUAAAAGUUGAAGGCAAUUUAAAAAAGAUAAAAGAAGCAUUUGAUAGAGCACCCGUGCCCUUCCCCACCGAAACAGUGUACGGCCUCGGGGCAAGUGUGUGGAGAGAAGAUCUGAUAAAGAGGGUUUUUGAGAUAAAGGGCAGGCCAUCGGAUAACCCGCUGAUUGUGCACAUUUCAUCGCUGAACAUGCUCAAAGAGUGCAUUGAAGGAGAGAUUCCUGAGAUAUACACAGAGCUGAUGCAUCUGUACUGGCCAGGGCCUCUGACUCUUCUAUUUAAAAAGAGCAAAAAAAUAUCCAGAACAGUAACCGGUAACGGCGAAUACGUGGCCAUAAGAAUGCCAAACCACAAAGAUGCGCUUUUGGUGAUAGACCACCUAGAAUACCCAAUAGUGGGGCCAUCUGCGAAUAAAAGCACAAGGCCCAGCCCAACAAGAGCUGAACACGUUUUAGAAGAUCUAAAUAACGAAGUUCCAUUGAUAAUAGAUGGAGGAGUGUGUGCCCAAGGGGUUGAGUCUACAGUCAUAAAUGGCCUGCACAGCCCUCCUCUGCUUCUACGGCCAGGCGUCAUUUCUUUCGAAGAGAUCAAAGAGCAUCUUCCAACAAUAAAGAUGCUUUCUGAAGAAGACAAAGACCAAGGAAAGGCAUCGCCUGGGACAAGAUACAAGCACUACUCCCCUACAGCUGUGGUCACGAUGGUGCAGGGAACAAAGAGUGAUGUUCUGCAGAAGCUGAAUGGCAUUGCAGGAGAGAAUGUGGGAUUUAUGCUGCCUGAUGAAUUUAUAGAAGGACUGGCUGGUGCAGAAAAAAAGAAUAUUUACUCAUUGGGAAAUACUGCUAAAACAGCUGCACAAAGACUGUUUGAUGGGCUUAGAUACCUGGAUAGACAUGUACAAGAAAUAUAUACGGUAGAGCUGGAAGCAUCUCAUGAGGGAAGGGCGGUAAUGGACAGACUCAGCAGAGCAACCAGCAGAUGGAUGUAG